ACCCUGAAAUUUUGCAGGGUGGCAAACGACAGCGGUUGGGUGUCAGGAUCCCUGGGAAGUGGCGACCAGACCCCUGGUUUUUUUUGGUUUGGACCUGCUAUGUCUCGUGUAGGUAGGGGUAGUCCUUUCCUUCCUUGCCUGAAGCAGCGUUCUAUCUCGCUGUCUCUGACAAUCCCCAUUUCUCUUUCUUUCUUUCUGGGGAAGCGGGAUUGGUCUUCUGUCUUCCUUGGGAUAAAUGCCCCCCUCGACUGUCUCUUCGCCUCGCCCUACCUCUGGUUUGAGUCGGUACUGUCCUUCUCAUCCAGUCUCCCCGACCCCCCCACCCCCACCCCCAAUGGUCUCUCCCGAUGUUCGGCUGCGCGAGUUGGGGAGGGGGGGAGAGGCGGAGCUGGGGUGUGUGUUGGGGGGGCAGGUCUGCAUUGCUGCUUCCUCUGGUACCCAGAGCAGUCGCUGCUGCCGCCUCCUCCCAGCAGCCCCGACAUUCUUCCCCCUACUUCCUUGCUGCGGGGACCCUUACCAGGACAACCAUGUUCCCUACAGAGACCUGACGCCUCUUCCUUUGCUAGCUGGAACAUUCCAACACAGCUCCAACCAACUUGAUUUGCCUUUCCCUUCCUUUCCCUUUCCCCAGCUCCCUACUUUUUGACUAUGCUGAACAGGUUGUAGGUUUAUGUUUUCUACCAAAUACCAUCAAAGCCUUCCUCUCUUUGUCCUUACUCCUCCAAUACAUGCCCCCUUUAAGUUCUACCUCCUCUUUCAUUCUAUGCCCAAAGCUCUUUGAAUGUACUUUACUUGGGGUAAAGUGUAUUCAUUAGGGGAUCUUCUAAAAUCUAGAAUUUUUUUAGGGGACAAAACAGGGAGGGAGAGAAGGCAGAGAGAGGACCCCUGAGGGGUGUCCAAAGAUUCUAGUCACUGCCAUGGAUGAAGGCUUCCGUGACCGGACAGCCUUCAUCCGUGGGGCCAAAGAUAUUGCAAAGGAGGUCAAGAAGCAUGCAACCAAGAAGGUUGUCAAGGGUCUUGACAGAGUUCAAGAUGAAUAUUCCCGGAGGUCCUAUGCCCGAUUUGAAGAGGAUGAUGAUGAUGAUGACUUCCCUGCCCCUGCGGAUGGGUAUUACCGUGGGGAGGGAGUUAGAGAAGAUGAAGAAGAGGGAGGUGCAUCCAGUGAUGCUACUGAAGGCCAUGAUGAGGAUGAAGAAAUCUAUGAAGGGGAAUAUCAGGGAAUCCCCCGGGGAGAAUCAGGGGGAAAGGGAGAUCGUUUGGCAGAUGGGGCUCCCCUGGCUGGGGUGAGGGGAGGUCUAGGGGAUGGAGAAGGCCCUGGAGUUGGUGGGGAAGCUCAGCGGCGGAAGGAGAGAGAAGAGCUGGCUCAGCAGUAUGAAACCAUCUUGCGAGAGUGUGGCCAUGGCCGGUUCCAAUGGACCCUCUAUUUUGUCCUGGGUCUGGCACUUAUGGCUGAUGGGGUCGAAGUCUUCGUGGUGGGGUUUGUGCUGCCCAGUGCUGAGAAGGACAUGUGCCUGUCUGACUCCAACAAGGGCAUGCUGGGCCUCAUUGUCUACCUGGGUAUGAUGGUUGGUGCCUUUCUCUGGGGGGGUCUGGCUGACCGACUGGGUCGUCGCCAGUGUCUGCUCAUCUCACUCUCGGUCAACAGUGUCUUCGCAUUUUUUUCGUCGUUCGUCCAAGGCUAUGGCACAUUCCUCCUCUGCCGCCUUCUCUCUGGGGUUGGGAUUGGGGGGUCCAUCCCUAUUGUCUUCUCCUAUUUCUCUGAGUUCCUGGCCCAAGAGAAGCGAGGGGAGCAUUUGAGUUGGCUCUGCAUGUUCUGGAUGAUUGGUGGUGUGUAUGCAGCUGCCAUGGCCUGGGCCAUCAUUCCUCAUUAUGGAUGGAGUUUCCAAAUGGGUUCUGCUUACCAGUUCCACAGCUGGCGGGUUUUUGUUCUCGUGUGUGCCUUUCCUUCUGUGUUUGCCAUUGGGGCCCUGACCACACAGCCAGAGAGUCCUCGAUUUUUCCUGGAGAAUGGGAAACACGACGAAGCCUGGAUGGUCCUAAAGCAAGUCCAUGACACCAAUAUGAGGGCGAAGGGGCAUCCAGAAAGAGUGUUUUCAGUGACCCACAUUAAGACUAUCCGACAGGAGGACGAGUUGAUUGAGAUCCAGUCCGACACUGGGACUUGGUACCAGCGCUGGGGGGUCCGAGCAAUGAGCCUGGGGGGCCAGGUUUGGGGGAACUUCCUUUCCUGUUUUGGCCCCGAAUAUCGGCGCAUCACCCUGAUGAUGAUGGGUGUGUGGUUCACCAUGUCAUUUAGCUACUACGGCUUAACUGUCUGGUUCCCGGACAUGAUCCGUCACCUCCAGGCAGUUGACUAUGCUGCCCGAACCAGGCUCUUUGCGGGAGAGAGGGUGGAACACGUCACCUUCAACUUCACACUGGAGAACCAGAUUCACCGUGGGGGCCAGUACUUCAAUGACAAGUUUAUUGGUCUGCGCCUGAAGUCAGUGUCUUUUGAGGACUCCCUGUUUGAGGAAUGUUACUUCGAGGAUGUCACAUCCAGUAACACGUUCUUUCGGAAUUGCACAUUCAUCAAUACAAUAUUCUACAACACAGACCUUUUUGAAUACAAGUUUGUAGGCAGCCGACUGAUAAAUAGCACAUUCUUGCAUAGCAAGGAGGGCUGCCCACUGGAUGUGGCUGGGACUGGUGAAGGUGCCUACAUGGUUUACUUUGUCAGCUUUCUGGGGACCCUGGCAGUGUUACCUGGGAACAUCGUGUCAGCCCUGCUCAUGGACAAGAUUGGCCGGCUUCGAAUGUUGGCUGGCUCCAGUGUGAUGUCAUGUAUCUCCUGCUUCUUCCUGUCCUUUGGGAACAGUGAAUCUGCCAUGAUUGCUCUACUCUGCCUCUUUGGAGGGGUCAGCAUCGCGUCUUGGAACGCGCUGGAUGUGCUGACCGUUGAGCUCUACCCCUCAGAUAAGAGGACCACAGCCUUCGGCUUCCUGAACGCUCUGUGUAAGUUGGCCGCUGUCCUCGGGAUCAGCAUCUUCACCUCUUUUGUGGGGGUCACCAAGGCUGCCCCCAUCCUCUUCGCCUCAGCGGCGCUUGCCCUGGGCAGUUCCCUUGCCCUAAAGCUACCUGAGACCCGGGGGCAGGUGCUGCAGUGAGGGAGAGCUGGAGGACAUGGGGGCAGUGCACUGUGAGACUAAUAGCUCCUUCGUCACCACCCAUCUCCACCUGGCCCCGAGAACUCCCCGCUGCCCCUCUCUACCCCUCUUCGUGUUUGGUGUCUUAGCUGUGUGUGUGCGCGUGCUUGUGUGUGUGCAUGUGUGUGCAUGUAUGAGUGUGGUCCUCGUGGGGCAGGGGCUACAGAGGAGAAAAUUCUUCCCCCUCAAGUUGUGGAGAAGCUCCAUCCCCUCCGUCCACCUAUCCUUAAUGUUGUACAGAAGAUACUUCUCCCUCUUUCUCCCUGAUGUUGUAGUUCAGGCUUUCACCCCGACUUUGGGGCCCAUAGAGAAAGCCUUCAUUCAACCUGUGUGAACCUCAGCUCUCUCUGGGAGCUAAUAUCCAGGGGGUAGGGCCAGAGUGCUGAGGAUGAGGUCUCUUUUCCCAGGGACCCUUCUGUCUGUUCUUUAGGGGUAAGGGAAAGUGGAGAGGCUGAAGCCCAGGGAUCUGAAGAUGGGGUGCGGGAUCUGGGGGAGAGGGAACUACUGAAAUGGAGUCACAGGAUGUCCUCCGAUAGGUCCCUGUGGAUGCUGCUGGGGGUAGCAAUAAUCCUCAGCCCCCUGGCCUUCCCCUUCCUGUCCCCCAAUUUGGGUUAAAGUGUGAACCCUGAGUUUUAUAAAGUUUGAUUUCUGAUUUUUAUUUAUUUAUAUUCAGUUCUGAGGCAGCUCAGCAGUGGUGUGUGUGUGUGUGUGUGUGUACGUGUACUUGUAUCGAGUGUAUGUAGUGGGGAGGGGGUGUUGCUGUAUUGUCCUGAAAUUUAAACCAAGGGGAAUCUUAACAGAUACAUGUGACUGUGGUCUCGCCAACACAGUUCCCUGUUUGUCCUUCCUGUGUCAAGCCUAGGAGGUUUAAUCUCUGGGUUGGGUGGGCAAAGGAGAUACCUAGACUGGGGGUGGGAGGGACGCCAUCUAAGCACAGUGUCCCCUGCUCUCCCCCUAGAGAAGCACAGGCUCCCUUGCAGGUAGGGGUUCUACCCGCCAUAGCACAGGCCCCAACUCUCCAAAGGGGCCCCAUCUGGACUCAUGGGGAGGCACUUGGUCAAACCAGCAGACAGAUCUAAAAGCACAAGGAUCCGGGAGGGGGGAGACGGGAUCCCUUUCUCUGAGACCCUCUAGCCAAGCUGGGAGCUUUGGUGAGGUUCCUGCCCUAGCCCAGGAGCCUCAUUUCCACCAUAUAAUCUCUACCCCAUGAAAUGGCCCCUGCCUGCCAUUUAAACUGUAGCUGCUCCUUACCCUGUGUGACUGGUCUUUCUCUGGUGCCCCCCACUGUAGUUGUGAUGUGUUGUAGUUUUUAGAUGUUUGUAAAAUGUAAAAAAAUAAAAUAAAAAAACAGGAAAAAAAGGGGAAAAGUAUGAAAAACACAAAUAAACUCCAAAUUCCCCUUCCUCCUAUAUUGCGUCUGGCCCCUCCUUGCCCUAUGGUCACUCCCCUCAUUUUGUAACACUGACCAGGUGGUGACCGUUGAACUCUUUGUGUCUAUGCUCAGACCACCCCUUCCCUUCUGGUGCCAUGUGUUAUGAGCCACAGCUCUGUCACCCCAUCCUGCUGGACGCAACCCCUCCCCCCCAGCCCAGGAGGGACCGUCCACCUUCCCACCCUCCUGGGAAUACCCCUUCCCUCCAGUUGAUGUGAAAAAAUGAAAUGAAAAUAAGAGAAAAAUAAAAUUUUAAAAAAUCCUUAAAA